GGUACUCAAAGGCUAACAACAAGUACAUGGGUGAGGCAUACAAUCCGGACGAACCCGAUAAGUACAUCAUGUACUAUGAUGUAAAUAACUUAUACGGCGCGGCGAUGUCUCUUCCCCUUCCAACCGGGGGAUUCGAGUGGGUACCCGUCGAUCAAUUCUACAACUUGAAUAUAACCGAUUUAGCAGAUGAUGCUGAAAUCGGUUAUAUUUUAGAAGUGGACAUUGAGUACCCGCCCGAACUUCAUGAACUCCACAAAGACUUACCCCUGUGCCCGGAACAAAUGGUUCCCCCAGGAGGCAAACAAUCAAAAUUACUGACAACACUUUUUUCGAAAACCGGUUACGUUAUCCAUUACAGACAAUUGAAACGGUGUAUUGAGCGGGGAUUAAAGAUUACUAAAGUACACAAAAUUCUUAAAUUCAACCAAUCGGCUUGGUUACAAAAAUACAUAAAUUUAAAUACGGAUUUACGGAAACAGGCGACUAACGAAUUUGAGAAAAAUUUCUAUAAAUUAAUGAAUAAUUCUGUCUUUGGUAAAACCAUGGAAAAUGUGCGAAAACAUAAAGACGUUAAACUGGUCACACAAUGGGAGGGUCGAUAUGGGGCAAAAAAUUUGAUCGCGAAACCAAAUUUUCACAGUUUAACAAUUUUCGAUGAAGACAUGGUUAUAAUAGAGAUGAACAGACUCAAAAUUAAGUUCAACAAGCCGAUUUAUGUUGGAUUUAGUAUUCUGGACCUUUCCAAAAUUAUACUUUACGAUUUCCAUUACGAUUAUAUUAAACAAAAUUUCGGCAAUCAGGCUAAAUUAUUGUACACGGACACUGACAGUUUAAUAUACGAAUUCACGGACAUUGACAUUUACGAGAGCAUGAAGAGAGACAUCCAGCUGUUUGAUACAUCAGACUACCCCGAAGAUAAUGCGUACGGUAUGCCUCGCGUCAACAAAAAAGUACUAGGUCUUAUGAAAGAUGAAAGCUGUGGGAGAAUAGUUACCGAGUAUGCCGGGCUCAGAGCUAAAAUGUACUCGUAUAAAGUCGAGGGAAAACCCUCAAAUAUGCGUAUCAAAGGACUUACUCGAUCAGCCGUAAAACACAUUACUUUCGAAGAUUUCACGAAUUGCCUAUUUAAUCAAAACACACUGGUUAAAGAGCAGAGACUUAUACGUUCCAAACAUCACGAUUUAUAUACAAUUAAACAAAAUAAAUUGGCUCUCAGUCCGUACGAUGACAAGCGCAUAAUAAAUUACGUCACCACAGACACGAUCCCGUGGGGAUAUAAUUUCCAACAAGCAGCGACUUGUUCGACCACUCCCAUGGAGUUCUAAGUCGAAAUAAAUAGCGCGAUAUAGUAAACGUUGACAUCAUUUGUCUUUCUACCGUUGUUCGCGAUGGCCGACUUAGACAUUCAAUUGCAAUACGAACUUGUUAAAAUUUCACAAAAGACUUACGAAGAUUUCCUUCAAAAAGCCAUUUUUGACGAUAAUUUUCAAUUAAUUGACAAAAUUCUGGAAAAAAUCGUGAUUCCCGACCGUGUAAUAUAUUGGCUAGCUUUGCGUGAUAAAUGUAACAUCGGGUUGAUGAAAAAAAUCUUUGCCAAAAAACUUCAAUACGAUAUAUUUAUCGAACAACUGCAAAAUAUUUUCCAAAAGGAAUAUAUGUCUCAUAUUAGCCUCGAUAUUUUACGUCAAAUUAUAAAGAGUCAUUAUCCAAUAUUAAAUUCAUUUAAUCGGUAUUAUUUGGAAAAAUUAUUGGUCAACGGUGAUCCGUCAUUGGUUGAUCGACAUAGUCAAUGUUUCUCGGCAAAAAAUAUUUUUCUAAAUUACAAAGAAAUCGAUUGGUCAAUAGAUAAGGCCGUUUGUGAGGCCGCCUACUUUACUCAAUAUAAUUUUUUGGAAACUUUACACCGGGCAGCUGAUGGUAUGGCUCCAGGAGAACGUCUCCAAGGGUACCAAUGGUCAAGGUGUUGGAUGGUCAUCUGGCCCAGACAGCAGCAAAUGGCCAUCAAAAUUAGUUGGAGAUUAUUCUCAGACAUUAUAUAUGUUAAAUAA